UUUAUUUUAUUUUCUCCUCAUUAAUGCAACUAAUUGUUUUAACUAGUUUUUCUUAUUGUGUUCAAUCUGUUUCGAACUACAUCAUGAGUACCGAACUCGAUUUAUACGCAAAAAAAGCCUCGAUUAAAAAGCGUGGAAGUAUGUCGACAUCUAAAGAGUUGAAAAGGAAAAAUUCUAAUAAAAUUAGUGUUGCUGAAUUUAAUAAUUCAAAAAAACCAAUUCAAAAUCUCUUUACGUUAUUCAAUUUAUGUUCAAGAAAAUUAAUCAUAGAUCGAUCCAAGAAAUUUUUAAACAAGAUUUAUUCAACUUUUAAGCCGCCAACGUUUCAUAUGGUCAAUGGAUUGUCUCAUAUUGAUUGUGUGAAAGCUUCACUCGUGAAAAAGCAUAUCCAUCCUGCGAUAGCAGAACAAUUUGGUGACAACAAGCUGCACAAGAUUGACACCGACACUGAAGUGUUUCAACGCAUUCUAAUCAUAAUUCACAAAAAAUAUGAGUCAAAAUCAAAGAAUCGCAGACGUAAUAUACAAAAAGUAUUUACCGACCAGGAACUUUUAGAGGAGACCAUCGUUGCUGGUAAAAAGGAGGAAAAGCGGAAACAACGAAUCUUGAACAAGCGACAAAUUUUCGAUAGGAUUAAUGUAGAUAAAUCUAGGUUAAUCUUAGAGUUUGAUCUAGAUACACAUGAACCGAUUGUGGAAGUUGCUCCUGUAUUAGCUAAAAAAAUGAAAAGUCAACAAAUCGAAGGUAUCCGUUUUAUGUGGGAUUCAGCCAUUGAAAGUGUGUAUAAGGCUAAAGAAGACGGACCAGGGUGUAUUUUGGCCCAUUCUAUUGGUUUAGGAAAAACAUUUCAAAUCAUUACUUUUCUUCACACCAUUCUUGCUCACCGUUUAAUCAAAAAACAUCAAGUGCGCAUUGGUUCUUUGCCCAGUAAAUACCAUUAAAAAUUGGAUCGCUGAAUUUCGUCAAUGGUUAGAAGACAAUGGCCUUCUAGAAUUUCAUCUUUUCGAUUUGAGUGAUUCUAAACAGCAACUUCAACGAGGUGAAACAUUUAAACUUUGGAAAUAGUAGGGCUAAUCAACGUGAAUCGGCCCGUCAAAAAAUCAAAAGAAACUCCAAGAGAAGUCAAAAGGGUCAGGUGCUAAUGCUAAGGAUGGUAAUAAAGGACUAUCAUUAGAAGAGCGAAAACAUAGGGAUGCAGAGAUGAUGAGGCCAAGCAACUGAAAGCACAGGAAAAGAAGACACAGCAAACAUGAAUAGUUUACUCCCUGGUUUCCUAAAAUGAUUCAAAAAAGACUAAAAUGUAAUCAAAUCGUGAAAAAUUUUCCUCAGUCUGAAUCACAAAGUUAAACUAUUCAAUGUAUUAAUUUAUUAAAAUGUCUGUUAAUUAUUAUACUUUAGAGGAUCCGUCAAAGUGGUUUAUUUUCUUACCCUCACAUUCUGAUUCAACGAAGUUUUAGGACAAUUUGAUCAAUCUCACAAAUAAACCUGAAUUUAUAAAGCUA